AUGUUGGCAACGAGACAGGUCCUGGGCAAUGUCACCCGCUCGCGGGCCAUGGCCAGCCUGGGCCUUCGCAGAACCAUGGCCACUGUCUCCGACUCGCCUUUGGACAAGAAGGUCAGGCAGAACAUCCACGAAGAUGGCAACUUCAUCAACUACAAGAAGAUGUCUGAGAACCUCAGCAUCGUCCGGAGCCGUCUGAACCGCCCUCUCACAUAUGCCGAGAAGAUUCUCUACUCCCAUCUGGACGACCCUCACGGCCAGGACAUUGAGCGUGGUGUCUCCUACCUCAGGCUACGCCCUGACCGUGUUGCCUGCCAGGAUGCCACCGCCCAGAUGGCUAUCCUGCAGUUCAUGUCUGCUGGUAUGCCCUCGGUUGCCAACCCUACCACCGUGCACUGCGAUCACUUGAUCGAGGCACAAAUUGGUGGCGAGAAGGAUCUCGAGCGCGCUAUCAACAUCAACAAGGAGGUCUACGACUUCUUGGCCUCUGCCUGCGCCAAGUACAACAUCGGUUUUUGGAGACCCGGCUCUGGUAUCAUUCACCAGAUCCUCCUCGAGAACUACGCUUUCCCUGGUGGUCUCCUCAUCGGAACCGACUCUCACACUCCAAAUGCAGGUGGUUUGGGAAUGGCAGCCAUUGGAGUUGGUGGUGCUGACGCAGUCGACGUCAUGGCCAACCUCCCAUGGGAGUUGAAGGCUCCCAAGGUCAUUGGUGUCAAGCUCACUGGUCAACUGUCUGGCUGGUCCACGCCCAAGGACAUUAUCCUCAAGGUCGCUGGUAUUCUCACUGUCAAGGGAGGUACUGGUGCCAUUGUCGAAUACCACGGUCCUGGUGUCGACACACUCUCUUCUACUGGCAUGGGAACUAUUUGUAACAUGGGUGCCGAGAUUGGCGCUACGACUUCGCUAUUCCCUUUCAACGACCGUAUGUACGACUACCUAGCCGCCACCAAGCGAAAGGAUAUCGGUGACUUCGCUCGAUCGUACGCCAAGGACCUCCGUGAGGACGAGGGCGCCGAGUACGACCAGCUGAUCGAGAUCAACCUCUCUGAGCUCGAGCCGCACAUCAAUGGUCCCUUCACUCCCGAUUUGGCUACCCCCAUCUCCAAGUUCAGCCAGGCUGUCAAGGAUAACAACUGGCCCGAGGAGCUCAAGGUCGGUCUGAUCGGUUCCUGCACCAACUCCUCGUACGAGGAUAUGUCUCGUGGUGCCUCCAUUGCACGUGAUGCCCUGGAUCAUGGUCUCAAGGCGAAGGCUGCCUUCGUUGUCACACCUGGUUCCGAGCAAAUCAGAGCUACCAUCGCCCGCGACAAGCAACUCGAAACUUUCGAAGAGUUUGGCGGCGUCGUUCUUGCCAACGCCUGCGGUCCUUGCAUUGGUCAGUGGGACCGCAAGGACGUCCCCAAGGGCACGGCUAACUCCAUCAUCUCAUCGUACAACCGUAACUUCACCGGUCGCAACGACGGUAACCCCGCCACUCACUCCUUUGUCACCUCUCCUGACUUGGUCGUCGCCAUGUCCAUUGCUGGCUCUCUCCACUUCAACCCCUUGACCGACAAGCUCAAGGACAAGGACGGCAACGAGUUCCUGCUCAAGGCUCCUACUGGCGAUGGUCUCCCCAGCCGCGGAUACGACCCUGGCAACAACACUUACCAGGCUCCCCCCGAGGACCGCGCCUCUGUUCAAGUCCAGGUCGCUCCCACAUCGGAUCGUCUUCAGACGCUUUCGCCAUUCGCGGCUUGGGAUGGCAAGGACGCCACUGACUUGCCCAUUCUUAUCAAGGCUCAGGGCAAGACCACUACUGACCACAUCUCCAUGGCCGGACCUUGGCUCAAGUACCGUGGGCACUUGGACAACAUCUCUAACAACAUGUUGAUUGGUGCCAUCAACGAGGCCAACGGUGAGGCCAACAAGGUCAAGAACGCUGUCACUGGCGAAUGGGACGCUGUCCCUGCCACUGCUCGUGACUACAAGUCCAAGGGCAUUAAGUGGGUUGUCAUUGGUGACUGGAACUACGGAGAGGGUUCUUCCCGAGAGCACGCCGCUCUUGAGCCCCGCCACCUCGGUGGUCUUGCCAUCAUCACCCGAUCCUUCGCUCGUAUCCACGAGACCAACCUGAAGAAGCAGGGUAUGCUUCCUCUGACCUUUGCCGACCCCGCCGACUACGACAAGAUCAAGCCCGAGGACAAGGUGGAUAUCCUGUGCACUGAGCUCGCUGUUGGCAAGCCCAUCACCAUGAGAGUGCACCCCAAGAACGGCGAGACGUUCGAGGUCAAGCUCAACCAGACCUUCAACGAGCCCCAGAUCGAGUGGUUCAAGAACGGAAGCGCGUUGAACACAAUGGCCAAGAACGCCAAGAAGAACUAA